AUGGAUCCUCAGCAGCUGGCGAGAUUUGCGGUGCCGAUGGUUGUGAUCCUGGUGGCUUUUCUUUCAUACUCAUCUCAAUACCUUUUCUAUCGCCUUGAGCCUGGUCCGCUUUCUCCCUGGGACAAGAACGUUUUCAACCUGUUGGUGGUUUGCAUAUGGAUAUGUUACGCUCGUGCCUGCACGACCAAUCCCGGCCGGGUGCCAGCAGGCUGGAAACCUGACGAGGAUGAAGAAAUCGAAUCAGUCUCACAUGGAGACAGGGUCGCCUCAAGGCAUAGGUAUUGCCGCAAAUGCGAAGCCGUCAAACCUCCAAGGUCACAUCAUUGCAGAGUGUGCAAGAGAUGCAUUCCAAAGAUGGACCACCAUUGCCCUUGGACUGUCAACUGUGUAUCUCACUUCACCUUUCCUCAUUUCAUGCGGUUUCUGUGGUAUGCAGUCUCUGCCAUGGGAUAUCUCGAAUACUUUCUGUUCGUACGAGCUGGGGUCGUCUGGGAGAACCGCAAUUUGCCCAGUUAUCUAGGUCCUUCUGCCUCCCAGCUCGCCCAUCUUCUCAUUUUGAUCAUUGUUAACACUCUGACUCUCUUCCUCGUUUCAAUCACCUUCUUCCGCUCCAUUUGGGGUCUUGGGGCUAAUGUCACCACUAUCGAGAGCUGGGAAAUCGAACGCCACGAGCAGCUGCUCCGGCGAGCUCGCGUUCUCGGAGGGUAUUUGGACGGUCCAGAUGGCAUUCGAGUCAAGAUCGUAAAGCAAGAAUUCCCCUACGACAUAGGAAUUUGGAGCAAUAUUGUUCAAGGGAUGGGGACAGCAAACGUCCUUGCCUGGUUCUGGCCAUUCUCCGCAACUCCAACAACGAGUGGACUGGUCUUCGAAACCAACGGCUUCGAGGACCCAGGCACAACUUGGCCGCCACCAGAUCCUGAUCGGAUGCCCCGACUUGAUCGGCCACUUGAGUCCGCGCACGAUGCAUUUGUUCAUGACCACAGCAAUCUCUCGCCAAAUGAUGAGAUGGAGGCAUUCAGACAGCGUCAGCAGGCUGAUUUUGAACGACGUCCGGAUUACUAUGGGGUUCAACGACGGAGACCUUUCCACGACCGUUUCGAAACGACGAAUCUCGUGCCAGUCGAAAACGACUAUAUCAAUCGGGACGAAGACGAUUCUCUCAGCGGAGAGGAAGGUUGGCAGGAUUCUGGAGGGAACCGACUGAAGGACUACGGUGUCGACGAAGAUGUCGAGUUCUAUGAUGAGGACAGUAUCCCAAUUGCAGAACUGUUGACCCGGCGGAGAGAAGGGCGGCAGGGCCAGACCUGA